CACCACGAGUGUGUAUCUUUUAUGCAUGCUCCCGUCCGAUCUUCUACUGCGCUCUUUCUGCCGAAAACACGGUCCAAUCAAAAAUCUUUUGCCCCGGCUGGAGGGGGGCAUAAAUACCGACGUCGGCGGCGAGCCCGGUUAUUCUAUCGACAGCAGGCUUUUGGUUCAUCUUGACUUUGGGAAGUUCAAGGGUUUACGAGUCACAAACAGUAUUUCGUGACUUUAACAUUCACACGUUAUCUCGUCCAUUCAUAUCUUUUAUCGUUCAGCUCGGCUCGUUUUAUCUUGGAUAAAACACUGAAUUAUCACGGUCGAAAUUGUGCUACGAUAAACGCGAUACUCGCAGGUGUAAACAGAGAUUGGAGUCUGUCAACACUAAUUGAUUAGACAGAAAAAUCUCCCUCCCUGAGCGAGCGUCUCCCCUCCCCGGCCGGCGCGCAGCGGGCGCUAGACUCACUACCAUUGAUACUCUCGCGCGUGUGACUGCGACAUGACCCGGAACACGAGAACACCCUACCGCAUCCUCGGGCUGCUGGUGCUCGCCCUCGCUCUGGAGACUACCCCCGUCCACUCUCGCCCUCAGGCUCUUCGCGUCUCCUCGGAGUUGGGCCCUGGCCACGACCGCCGUUGGGACAAGGACCCCGCAUCGGACGAAGACAAGAAGCUCAUGGAGAUCUCCAAGUCCUUCCGACAGAGUAGGAACCUGAACGUAGCGCUGUUGGAAGUGCUGAAGGGGUUGACGGAGGACGAACUCCGGCUGCUAGAAGGCCGCCUGGAGGUGCAGGACGAACUGCCCCAGGGGGACAUGCCCAUGGAGGACCUGGUGGAGGACAGCCCGCAGGAACUCCAAGGGGACGACGGCGCCGAGGACUUGGCCGGUUAUCGUGGGGAGUUGCUCAUCCUGGACAACAUCAACACUUCUGCUUCCUUGCCCUACAACUCCACGGAUACUGUGGAGGAGCCGCUCUACCCCCAGCUUCAGAAGAUAAACAGAGACAAUAGAGAAAAUGUUUUCAAUAUCACUUUGGAGAGGUUGAAGGAGAUGCGAUUGGCCACGAUAAAGAACCAGAUCAUGAACAUCCUGUGGCCAGUGGGCACCCCUCCUUCAUUCAGCGGCAACGCCACUGCGUCCCAGCCUCAGCAGGACCUGCUCCGCGCUAUCGCCGAGAAGAUGAAACCUCAGAACUCCUUUACUCCUGGAGACGUCUACACUGAGAAGAUUCAGAGCUUCUACCCCUCUUGUGAUAUUCCUCGGAAUACAGACGCAGAACUCUGGAAUGACAAACAAGCGAUGAAUCUACUGUUUGAUUUGUCGUACCCAAACACUUUACAAGGCACUCAAGUGAAUAUUGUUGCAGCUAAGCUUCGUCUUUAUAAACUUUCUCAGGGUAAUACAACAUCGUCAACAGAAAUAUGUCCCCCCGCAGACUCAGAAGACUCACCCAGUGAGGAUGGCUUGGCCAAGCAACGUUAUCCCGUCUUUGGGGAGGACAAAAUGAUCAGAGUCUCUAUCUACUGGUACACUCGCUCUCUGAAGAAACACAGAGUGAAGAGGAAACUGCUGGACAGCCAGAUGCUAUCUGUUAAUGGGGAAUUGUGGACGGAGUGGAACAUCCGAGGAGCUGUGAAGGCAUGGAGAGACAACGGCCGCAACUUUGGGUUGGCAGUAGAGGUGGAGGAUGAGGACGGUGCUCUCCUGCCCUCCGACAAAUACUUUGCCCCCAUGAACUGCUCCCAAGAGGCAUCCACAAGCAGACCAAUCCCCGGAUUCCUGGUUGCUCGUGCCCUCUCCGCUAAUAACACCAAUCAUACACUUGGACAGACCCUUCAUCUUGACACACUUCUGUUUCCAAUGAUCGAUCUUUGCACGAUGGAGUUCCCCGAGUCUGAGAAGCCGGGAGCAGUUUAUUACCACAAAGUAAAUUCUGACACCGUGAUUAAGAAACCAGAUAUAAAAGCGAGUCACAGGGAGUACCAGCCGACAAAUGUAACAGCACCGAGUAUCCCCCUACAGGCAAUCGGCGAGGCCGAGAAUCACAAAAUUCGUCACCACAAUCACAAGCCCGAGAGAUAUAACACACCUCCCCACAGACACCUGGAGACCAUCAGGAGAGACGACGGAGAUUCCAUUGAAGAGAUAACGUGGGCCGAUGAUCUGGAAGGCCACCAGUUGAGAAAGCACAUAAUCGUUCAAAAAGUGAUAAUGAAAUCGCAGAAUCAUGACGAAAAUGAGAAGAAAAGGUAAUCUAUAUUUCCAUACCAAACAAUCUCAAAGCAGUAUUUAUAAAAUAGUUGUAUAUCAAAAUAUAGUCACAUCUUAACUGAGUUGUCUAUUUCAGACAUUAUACAUUUUUAAACUGAUGGUCAAACUUGUAAUUAUGCUUUUCCUAUGUUCUAUUAAAUAAUUUUUGUGCACUAUAUGACUGUAACAUUUGUGUAACUAUUACAUUAUGAUGUAAUAGAAUUGGAUUUCAAUCAUUAAGCUUAUUUAUAUUUAUUUUUCUUAGCUUGUGUUUCUAUUACAAUACCACACCAAUCCAAAUGGAAUUUAUUAAUAAUAAAAAAUAUAAAUUUAUACUACAUAUUGAAAAAAAUUCUUGAAACAUGAUAUUUAGCUUUAUCAUUCUAUGUGACUGUAAAAAAUGUAAAUAUUAGACAAGUAUAGCAUGUAACAGUAUUUAAGUUAGAAUAAGUUUGUGUUUGUUUAUAUCAACACAUCAUGUCCUUCACACUAAGACUUUCUUUAGUAACAACAAAGUUAGAAUGUACUUACUAUAGAUUUAUUUUAUUCUUUUGUAUUAAUAAACAUAGUAUUUGUAUAUUUUGUGUAAAUUACGUAUGUAUUGAAAAUAAAAUAAUACUCUCCU